UAUGGAAUAUUCAUUCUAUAAUUUUUUAUUCCUCUAUACUUGAGCAGUGAUUACCGGGUACUAGUUGUUUUAUACUUACGUAUAUCCGUUCACAAAAUAAAUCAAAGAUGAGCUUAAAGUUUACAUUACCUGUAAUUGAUAUCAUAAAAUCGUUACGCGAACAUUUACGACGCAAGCGCUAUCUAAAUUUAGAAAUGCCGCCCAAGACAAGUCAUGCCUGCGCCGAUCGAUUAACGCAAACUGCCAAAAGGUUAAGGUAAUUCCCAAAUUUUUAUCUUAAUAGUUGCCAGGCAGAAAGAUAUCGGGUUAAUUUUUAAUUUAUAAAAAUUAAACCCGGUUAAAAGAUAGUUAAAGCUUAUCAAAAAUAAAAUUAUUAUUGAAAAUAUUGUACAUGCGCGACUUUAAGGAAACUCAGUAUCGACAGAUUCCAAACGCCCACAUAAUUUUGAUGUAUAAUAGUGCGAGAUGAAUAUAUCGGAUGUCGCAUUCUGACGCUGUUCAUCUCAGCUUGUUGCUCCGGAAUCGGAACAACGAUUAUUCGUUGGCUCUCUGCCAUUUCGCCAGUUUAUUUUGCUUUAGCCGGCUUGGAGUCCUGUGUUGUUAACAAUAAAGUGCUGUUUUUAUUAUUUUAAUUUGUGCUAUUGUGUUUGAAAAUCAUAAAAGUGCACUUGUUAGUUGAAUUAUAAAACCGCACGUGAAAAAAAUGGCGUCGGAAAAUAAAAAUGUUCCGUACACAAUACCAAUGGAUAACAGGAACGCACCACCGCCACCUUACGGCAUAGUUGGGCUAUCUUAUAGCCCUUAUGAGCAUCCAAAUGUCAAACAGGACGAAAAACCUGAUGCUGGUCAACAACCUACAGAAAACAAUACGAGCACGAUCAUGUCAUUGCCAGAGAUUAUAGUGGAUGUGGACGACCAAGAUACUUUAGUCGCUAAUAUGAUCUUUUCGUUAAAAUCAAUACGACAUGCUUUCAUUAAAAAGGUAUUCUUUAUAGUUUUGGUGCAGUUACUAAUAACUGCUUUCGUUACAUAUGGCUUGAUGAAAUGGGAACUCUACAUGAAUUUUGCUCUCGGAAAUAUUUAUCUUGUUUUAGGUAUAUCCGUCAGCUGUUAUAUAACAACGUUCCUGGCCAUGUUGUGCUUCACGAGCGCGAGACGUAAAGUGCCCUACAAUUACAUGUUCCUUCUGCUGUUUACAUUGUCUUUGACAAUACUCCUACCCCUUGUCAUAGUAGAUAUACCUUUUGAACAGAUCGUGUUUGCUGCGAGUUCGACAUUCGCUAUAGUGACGGCUCUAACAUUAUUUGCCUUCCAGACUAAGAUAGACUUCACAUAUCUAUCGGGAUUCGGCCUAUCUCUGGUGGUACCUAUGAUCGUAUUCGGUAUUGGUGCUCUUAUGCAGAAAUACGAUACAUUGCAAUUAUUGUACGUAACUAUUGUAGUUAUAGUGAUAUCUGUAUACAUUGUAAUCGACAUCCAACUUAUAAUAGGAGGAGAACACAGAUUAAGUUUCUCUCCUGAAGAAUAUGUAUUCGCAGCUCUUGUCUUAUACGUUGAUAUUAUGUAUCUGUUCAUGAAAUUAUUGCGGUUUGCGAAUCGUUAAUAAUCUAUAUCAAAUCUUCUUCUUCUUCGUUCAUUAUGAACAUAUACUGAAUAUACAGGGUGUCCCAAAAGGUUACGUACAUAGGAAGGGGGAUGAUAGGGGUGGUCACAAGGGUCGCC